ACAGUUACGGGGAUAAAAUUUAAACCCCGUUGGCGUUCCAUAUUUCUCACUUUGAUAUUCCAUGUCUCAGGAUCGAGUAUUCAGGCGACACCCGUCCCCCUGCCUUUGGCUAUAGUUAAACUUAACAUACGCUACUGUCCAUCUUAGACUGAAGUUUUGAAGAUGUGUCCCCUCAUUCCUCCAGAAUUAGUUGGGGAUAUUCCUGUGAACAAAUAUCCAUUGAAUUGGACGGUCAUCGAAAGCAGAUACAAGACAGUGGUCAACGGUAGUCAUCGUCCUGAGAAGUGCACUGCCCGCCAUAAAGUAGCCCUCCUCAUUCCAUAUCGGAACAGAGCCCGACAUCUUAGAAUAUUUCUUAACCACAUGCACGCCUUUCUCAUUAAGCAGCAGUUGGAUUAUGGAAUAUAUAUUGUGGAAAUUGAUGAAGACAUCCCAUUCAACAGAGGGUUCCUGUUUAAUGUAGGCUUUAAGGAGGCCAGCAGUGAUUACAGCUACGAUUGUUUUAUAUUCCAUGACGUAGACUUGCUUCCUCAGAACGAUCAUAACUUGUACAAUUGUCCAGAUCAGCCUAGACACCUGUCUGUCGCCAUCGACAAAUUCAUGUACAAGCUUGCAUACUCUACUAAUUUUGGCGGGGUAUCUGCAAUGACAAAAGAGCAGUUCACAACAGUUAAUGGUUUCUCAAACUUCUUCUUUGGAUGGGGAGGCGAAGAUGAUGAUUUGUAUAAUAGACUUGUCUACCACAAGAUGACGAUAUCUAGGACCAUGAGUGAUGUAGCUAGGUACACCAUGCUCUCGCACAAACAAGCGACAAGGAACCCACAGAGGAUAAAACUUUUAAGAUCUGGAAAACAACGCAUGCAAACCGACGGAAUAAAUUCUUUAGAGUACAAAGUAUUACAGAAGAUCCACAGGAAGUUAUAUGUUCAUGUGACAGUCACUUUAGAAGAAUCAGCUUUGCGACCCUUCAAGAAGUUUUCACUUAGUGGAAACACCACCAUCUUUAGGCGAAGUGCAGCGAAUUUUGACCUCAGCUAGGCACGCAGGGCCACUUAGCAGUGAUGAUACUUCCUCUGCAAAUACCUACUGUGACACAGAGUCUCGAAAAGACCCGCGAUUUCAUAAUCCUAGCACUAAUAAGAAACAUUGAUGUUUCUCUAGUCAACCGAUUUAAUGAAUUAACAUCCUAAACUGUAUCUACUAAUCAGUUUUGUUUUGUUUGUUAAUAAACAUGUAUACAA